UAUUAAGGCAGUACAUUUCGAAUUGUAUCUCUGUAUAAUAACCAUUAACCAGAAAGACACCUUAAAGUGCACCUAACAGUAAAGCUUGACAUAGAUAAAAUGAUAGAUCUUUGGUUUUUCAUAAAAUAAAAAAAAAUAUAUUAUUUACGAGUGUGCGCCUCUGAUAAAAUAAUUUUAAUAACCAAUUAUAAUUCUCACAUAAAAAUCUUGAUCAAACCUGGAAUCUUCGCUUAUCUUAAACUAACAAAUAAUUUAACAUUUUGAUUAUAAGAAUUGUUAUUAGAGUUAAUUUCCAUUAUAUAAAAAAAUAUCGUUUUUAUUGCAAAUUGUGUGAUUAUAAAAAAUAAAAAUCUCAAACGAAAAUUUAUAAAAAGGAAAAUAAUAACGAAUUUUUUGUUGAAUUUCAAAACCAAACCGAAACAUGAAAGUUUUUCUUUUCGUUCAGCUAACGACCACGUUAGCUUUGAUUUCAAAUAACCAUUAUGUAUACGCCCAGGAGCCCUGUUGUGAGGAUUAUUGUCUAGGGAAGGAUAAUGAUUACCGACAACAAAGCAAAAAGUUCACUUCAAACUCGGUUUACCAAUUUGUUCGUGGCAAUGAUUUGGAUAUAGGUUUUCAAGUCCCAAAUUGCACAGCUACAAAAUUUUGGGUGACAACCAGACACGGCACUAGACUUCCCUACCGCAAUAUCAUACUUAAUUCUCCCAGACUUGAAGAGCUUAAGGCCCAAAUACUCAGGAAUUAUUUAGUCCUACAAACAAAACCAGACACAGGAGCCUUGUGCAUGGAGGAUUUUCUAUCAAUCCAAUCAUGGAAAUUCAAUUCAAGUAUCAAACCGGAUAUGGCAAUACAUUUAGCAACUCAGGGCUAUGAAGAUUUGAAAUACUUGGCCAGAACAUAUCAACAAAUUUUUCCCGAUAUCCUCGUCAAAGAAUAUGAUCCUAAAAAAUACGUGUUCCACAAUACUCAAAACCAAAGAAAUGAAGAAAGUUUCAAGGCGUUUUCUGAAGGCCUAUUUGGACCUGAUGUUUAUCAAGAAAUCGAUAGGUAUUUAGUUCCAGAUGAAAAUGACACCCUACUUCGGGGUUAUAAAGGCUGUCCGGCUUGGAAAGAAAACAGCCGGAAGACUUAUAAUUCAAACGACAAUGAAUACGCUAGGUUUAGGCAAACAGCUCUUGUGAAGAAAACUAUUUCGGAUAUUUCAAGAAGACUCGGAUUCCAGGAUUCCCUUGAUUUCAAGGACAUCGCACUUAUGUGGGAUACGUGCCGUUUGGAACAAGCUUGGUUCGUCAAUCGUUCAAGUAUAUGGUGCGCAGCUUUCACCCCAGCUCAAUUAACUGUCUUGGAAUAUUAUGAUGAUUUAAGGCUAUACCGAAGUGUCGGCUAUGAAUAUGAACUCAAUUCCCGGGUUUCUUGUAAUCUGGCCAAAGAUAUGCUUGUGAGAUUGAAUAAGGACGGUGAUCCAAGUGCCAUUGUAUAUAUUUCACAUUCUGUCACUGUCGAAACAUUGAUUGUCGCUCUUGGAAUGAGAAGAGAUAGCGUUCGGCCUACAGCCAAUAACUAUGAAGCUAUGGCUAAUCGAAAGUGGAAGACAAGUGAAAUAAAUCCAUUUUCUUCAAAUUUUGCUGCUGUUAAAUUGGAAUGUUCAUCGGAAAACUCGAAUAAAACGAGUGAGAAAGCAAUGUUUUUCCUAAAUCAAAAACGUGUUGAAUUUGAUUGGUGCAAACAAGGCCUUUGUGAUUGGCAAAGAGUAUUGCAACAAUAUGAACAUUUGUACCAUGCCAAUUGUACAGAAUACUUCUGCAAAGCUACUUUGCCGUCCUCGUCGCAUUCGGGAGGUGAAAAACUAACAACUGUUGGGCUGGGAAUGUCUUUGUUUAUAUUUUUCAUUUUAGUUCUACUUAAGUAAACAUAAGAAGUAAAUUAUUUAAUUUUUUAAAAUUUUGAAAUAAACAGACAAUACAUUUUUGUUUAA